AGGAGAGGAGAGAGAUGGGUCCCAGGAUGUCAGCUCCCUGAUGGGAGGGCUGUCCUCAGGAGGUCUGCCCUCAGCCCUGCAGCUCUGCAGAGGAGGUGCUGACCUGCACUGGUGGGGAGACUUUCCUCAUCUGGGAGCCAGUACCUAGGCCUAUCAAUGCCUCAGAUAACCAAUGACCCAAAGCUGUGAGGGGCUGCUAACCUACUGGGCGACAGGACCCUGACAGGCCAGGGUAUUGGCUUGGAUCUAACGGGAAGAAAUUCAAUAGAAGUAAAUAUCAAAUCUUGCCCUUGGGCACAAGCUUCCCAAGCAUGUGAUGGGGGAGGCUCAGAUCGAGAGUGCUGGUGCUGGAAAAGAUCAGAGGGUCUUAGUGGACAACAAGGUCAUUAGGCGUCAACAGUGGGAUGGGGCAGUCAAAGACAGUAAUGUGAUCUUGGGCUGCAUGAAAUGGGGUCAGGGUUCCAGGAACAGAUGGUUUUUCUGUCCCCCACCAUCGUCAGGCCCCACCUGGAGUAUGGCGUUCCGUUCUGGGGACCAUAGUCUAGGAAAGGUGGCCCAGGUGGAGAGUGAGCAGAGGAGGCCACCAGGAAGGGAAAGACCAGUUGAAGCAGCUGGGAAUGGUGAAGACUGGGGGCACAGACAGGAGCACCCCCUGCAAGGAUUCGAGGGCUCCCUGUGGACGAGGGCUCAGCUGCAGCCCAGAGCAAUCAGAAGAGCCCUAGGUUUGCGGCCCGAGACCCCGCAUUUGGAUUCUGGCUGCAUGACCUUGGGGCAGAGUGAGGAGAAAUGGGUAGAUUUGACACGGAGGACAAUGGAUGCGAAUCCUGGAAAAUUUCACACCCUCAGAGCCACUCCAGAGUGGAAAGGGCUGCCUUUUGAAGUGGGAGAUCGAGCAGCACCUACACCCUCAGGUUGUAAGAGUCAGAUGAGAAGAACCUUAACGACAAUUACCAGGGAUGACUUGGGCUCGUUAGUUUCCCAGAAGAAUUUCCCAGCCCUGAGGUUGGUGGGAAGAUGGAGUUGUCUCCUCCAACAGGUGCAGCCCGGAUCCCCCCUCACCUCCGCUGCUCUGCCAAGGCCCACUAACAAUACCCGCCUUCCAGCCUCCUCGGCCUCCCUCCCUUGCUCCUGGGAUGCUGGGAGGGCCAGAUGGCUCCAUCCAGGGGAUGUGGGGCAGGGCAUGUCCCUGGGCUGCAUGGCUGCAGGGAGCCCCUGGGACUGCCCCCCAGUGGAUCAUGAGUCAUCUCCCCAUUAAUGAUGCUCCCCACAGUGCCAGCUCGGGGUGCCUGCCUGACCCUGCCGCACCCUUUCUUCCUUGGCCCCCAUGGCCUCUAAGGAGCAGUGGGAGGCCAGUGAAGCCCUCUGUAGGCUCCCCACUCUUUCCUUCCCCAUGGCCCAAGGCCCUGCUGCUGCUGGGGCCUGUGUUCCUGGCUCCAGCCACACCCACAC